CGUCCGAGUCAACUCGGACUCAGAACGAUAUGGUGAACUAUUGUGUGGGUAAAAAUAGUCAUAUAGUCAACGCCAACCAAUUUGCAGAAAUAGGAGGUACAGUAAACUGCAGAGAGAGCAUACAAGAAGAGAGCCACACAGACACAAUGGAUCUACCCUUCAACUUCGUUGCUUUCUUUCUGUUCCUAUCCUUUCUUUUAGCUUUGAUCAAGGGGUUGAAGAGAUCAAAAACAGCCCAAAAACUGCCACCAUCUCCAUGGAAACUACCAAUUAUAGGACAUAUGCAUCAUUUGAUGGGUUCCCCCCCACAUCAUGCUCUCAGAAAAUUAGCUCAAAAGUAUGGACCUCUAAUGAACAUUCAGCUAGGUCAAAUGACUGCGAUUGUAGUAACAUCGCCCCGUUUGGCGAAGGAGAUCAUGAAAACUCAUGAUCUUGCCUUUGCAGACCGUGCAGAAUUCCUAUCUGGAAAGAUCAUGUGCUAUGAUUGUUCAGACAUCGCUUGCUGUCGAUAUGGUGACUACUGGAGACAAAUGCGUAAAAUAUGCACCUUGGAACUCCUCAGUGCUAAAAGCGUCCGAUCAUUUGCUUCUGUUCGCCAAGAUGAGGCUUUGCAUCUCAUAGCAUCGAUUAAGGUUCUAGCUGGUGCUCGAGAACCAAUCGAUUUAACAGAAAAAGUGUCCUCAUACACCAGUUCCGUGGUUUGCAGAGCAGCAUUUGGGAAGGUAAGCAAAGAUGAUCAUGCUGCAUUCUUACAGCUAAUGAAGGAAGCACUUCCUAUAGCAAGUGCCUUUGAUAUUUCUGAUCUGUUACCAUCAUUCAAGAUUCUUCAUCCCCUCCUAUCAGUAGAAUCUAAACUACUGAAGAUGCACGAUAAGGAAGACGAAAUUUUGGAAAAAAUAAUUGAUCAGCACAUAGACAACCAAGCAAGAAGAAAUAUAUCCACGGGCGAGUAUGGCCAGGAAGAUUUGAUUGAUGUCCUGCUAAGAGUUAAAGAAAGUGGUGAACUUCAAUUUCCAAUUACCAAGAAUAAUAUCAAAGCUGUUAUUCAUGACGUAUUUGGAGCAGGAACUGAGACGUCGUCCUCAAUAGUGGAUUGGGCGAUGUCCGAGAUGAUUAGAAAUCCAGGUGUGAUGGCUAAGGCACAGAGUGAAAUAAGGAAUGCUUUUAGAGGAAAAAACAGGAUUGAAGAAACUGAUAUUCAACAACUGCAAUACCUAAGGUCAGUGAUCAAAGAAACUUUGAGGCUACACCCUCCAAUCCCUUUGUUGAUUCCAAGAGAGUGUAGGGAGGAAUGUGAAAUUGAUGGAUAUAUUAUCCCCGUCAAAACGAAAAUCUUGGUUAAUGCCUGGGCAAUUGGAAGAGACCCUGAGUAUUGGGAUGAUCCAGAAUGUUUCAAGCCAGAGAGAUUUGAAGAAAGUCCCAUUGACUUCGCUGGAAGUCGUUUCGAAUAUCUACCAUUUGGUGCAGGUAGGAGAAUUUGCCCAGGAAUUUCAUUCGGUUUGGCAAAUGUUGACGUUGCUUUAGCUCUCUUGCUCUAUCAUUUUGAUUGGAAACUCCCGAAUGGCCUCGACUCUAAGGAUUUAGACAUGAAAGAGACUGUUGGAAUAACUGCUUCAAGAACAAACAAUCUUCGCUUGCUGGCCACUUCCUAUGAUACAUCAUUUCAAUGGUUCGAAGACUCGGCCGAGACCGGCCGAGUCGUCUCCGUCUCGGCCUAGUCUGAGACGAGACCGCAAUGAAACGUUUACCGAAUCACACCGAAUUAUUCCGAAUCAUCCCGAGUCAACUUGAAUUUUUAUUAUUUUUACUACUUUUUUAAUUAUUUUUAUUUAUCAUAUUUUUUACAAUUUUUAGAAUAUUAAAUAUUUCACAAAUUCGCGUCUCGCCGAGAUCGCGACCGAUAUGUCGAGACCGAUAUGGAAGGGUCCAAGCCGCGACCGCGACUUUGAACCAUGUCUGUGAUCCCUGAUUUGAAAAAUCGAGCUCUGUAAGCAUAGUUUCCCUCUCCUUUCAAAGCCUAUGAUUUAUUGAAUGGAAACUUACACGGCCAAUGUAUACCUUAUAAUUUUCCCGGUGAUAAUGA